AUAGCGGGGAUAAAAUGUUUCUAUUUAAAAUUCAAUUUAUUUAAACCUCAAUUCGUAUUCAUUGAGUAACCCCAAUGGUAGUUUUGAUAUUAAAUCAUUGUUAGUAUAUCACAACUAGUAAAUUGCUUGACCAGUCUAUACAUAUUUUUUUUUUAUAAAUUCAAAAAUGAUAUAUAAAUUAUUGUUUAUAAUAUUUAUAAUGGUUAUAAUACAUUGCAAGGUUGUUUAUUCAAGUUUACCACAAGAUGAAUACUAUUACUCUGAUGAACCAAUUAAAAAGUAUCAUUGUUGUGCACGUUAUGAAAAAAAAAUAAGUGUCGGUCAUGGUGUAUCGGGAGAAAUAAUAACUAUUGAUGCUGGACAUUGUCGUAAAGUUUGUCCAAAACAUACCAUUGAUGAUCCUGGUGAUGCUAGUCGUCCUGCAGUUCAGAGAUGUCCAGCUCAAUCAAUAUGUCAUCCAAGAGGUUCAAGAUUAGAAAGAGUAUCAACAUUGCAAGGUGUUAAAAUCAUUGAGACAGUUGAUACAUGUGAUUGUUGGUCAUCACAAUCAAAAUGCAAUAGAGUAUCAUUUGAACAGCUUGUUCAUUCAGGUACACCAUAUCAAGCAACAAUAGAUGUUGGCUAUUGUCAUGGUACAUGUUCAAAAUCAUUAAAUUGCAAACCAUUGAAGAAUACUACAAUCAGCAUCAAAGGACCAGAUGGCGAUGAAGUUUAUCAGGUAAUUAAAAAAUGUGGAUGUGCAUCAAAAUGUCACAGAAUGGAUCGUACCGAGAGUGUCCUUGAUUAUAGCCAGCUUGAAAUUAAAAAAGGCAUUAACACAACUGAUGUAAAACCGGUUGUUCGAAAUAUCAAUGUUGGUCAGUGUGUUGGAAAUACUGGCUCAUGUCUUGGAAAUAAAACAGAAACUUGUCUUCUUCGUGAUAAAAAAAAUCCAACAAUAUGUGUUGCUAGUUUAUAUACAAAACAGCAUAGUUGUACACCAGCAAGAUUUAAAAUUCACGAAUACAGAAAUCGAAGAGGCUUCAAACGUGAAAUUAUACAAAUUGUCGAGUGUGCAUGUAUUUAAAAUUAAUUUUAUUAAAAUCAUGAUAUAUUUUGUUAUAGAAAUAAAUUUUUAAAAUAAUGAAUUCUAUAUUUUUUUUGUAUAAUAUGAUAAAUCAAUAAAAAAAAAAAAAACAUUUUCGAAAUGAA